GUCAGUUCUCUCUGCUAAUUCGUCUGUGCUGGUCGUUCGUUCGCUCGCGGUUCGUGCCGUUUUACUGCAAAACUGAUCAACUUAUUGGAUUUUUAUCAGCAGUUUAGCAGCUGAAUUAAUAGCCAAAAUCUUGUAAACUGGUGAACAUUGUCCGUUACUAGUUGUCCCGUGGUGGCACUGCAAAGCUGGCUAGUAAACAACCCACACCACCACGGACAUUCUUAUAAAACACUGUGCCAUUUUCUACAUCACAUUUUUUCGAUUUGCUCUGUACGCUGCAGUCUUUAACUGGGUGUGCAUUGGAUUACGACGAUUUACUACCAUCGUCGUGUUUUAAUGUGAAGGUCGCUAGUGCAUAAUCCAUACGCGUGACGAUUGGAUAACAUAGCAGAAAGAACCAUCAUCAUCGAGUGAAUCUACUGUUAUAAGUAACCCAUAAUUAACAAAAAAAAAGAAAAACAACUAGAACAAAGAACGGCUGCUUGGUGACAGAAUCGAUAUCGAUUUUCUGGAGCACCCGUAAACGACAACGGGAGUGGGGGCGAGUGCGGCUAGGAAAACAAAAAUAAUAACGUAUCGUACGAUACGCGAACCGAGUGAGAAAGAAUAGAUAAACAGUACUCGCGCAGAAAAGGGAAGCAAAACGCAGGUUUUGCGCGACUAUUUUUUUUUGCUUCUCGUCACAUCAUCGUCGUCUCCCCGUACGGUCAGGAAAUUACGGCGAAUUACAAUCAUCUAGCUUAGCUGCGCUACAAGUUCUAACCGAAUCAGCAAACUCACACGGAGCUGCCAGAAGAAGAAGAAGGUCAAAGGAAGGAAUUGCUGACGGCACGAUGGACGCUGUCGAGACGGCGAAUCAUUUUGUGGCUUUCGGAGAAGCUGCAAAGGAAAGCGAUUUGAAAACUCCACUUCUGAGUAAAACAAUGACGUCAUCAGCACCUCCGCCAUCGAACGGUCAGCUGCGGUAUGCAGCUCACGAAGAUCUGAACCAGAAGAAGAAAAAUAAGCAGAAUCAGAACUCCGAAUGCAACGGAAAUGGGUCCAUCGUUUGUGCCAGCAGUAGUACGAUCGAUAAGAAAGAUGAAGAAGAGGAAGAACGAUCGGCCCGACAGUCGUUGAUCAUUCUGGCGGCGAUCUUUUUUACCAGUUUGUUUGCGAUGAUCUACGUGUACGCGAUGUUCCCGGAGUUGGACGAGUCAGAGAAGCAGUACAUCAAGGUGCCGUUCGACAUCGAGGAUGCCAAACAACUGGGUCGAGUGUUGGACCGGUACAAAGAUCUGUACCAGCUGGAGGUGAUGUUCGGCGUCAUUCUGGUGUACAUAUUCCUGCAAACCUUCGCCAUUCCCGGUUCGCUGUUUCUCUCCAUUCUGAGCGGUUUCCUGUACAACUUCCCGGUGGCCCUGACGUUGGUGUGCUUCUGUUCGGCCCUCGGUGCCACACUGUGCUAUCUGCUGUCGCAGGUCGUCGGCCGCCGGUUGGUCAAACAUUACUUCCCGGAGAAGGCACGGGUUUGGGCCCACCAGGUGGACAAACAUCGGGAAGAUCUGCUGAGCUACAUGCUGUUCCUGAGGAUGACUCCGUUCCUGCCGAACUGGUUCAUCAACCUGGUGGCACCGGUUAUCGGCGUGCCACUGUACCCGUUCGCCCUCGGGACGUUUCUCGGUGUGGCACCGCCUUCCUUCAUUGCCAUACAAGCGGGAAAGACGCUGUACAAGAUGACAAGCUCGAGUGAUGCCUUCGGGUGGGGCUCGGUUACCCUGUUGGCAAUGUUUUCCGUGUUUUCGCUUGUUCCCGUCAUAUUUAAGCGUUACUUUAAGUCCAAGAUUGAUUGAAUUCCGCGAGCUAAACUAGUAAAGUCAAUGUUUCCGAAGUAGCUGCUGGAACUCUGUAUUCAAACAAACAGCAACUGCGUCCGUUACGCGUGGGGGGUAGUAUAAUUUUAGCCAAAGAUGAUGUAUAAAGCUACCUACAAACGAUUAGAUUUGAGUUAUAUUAUUUAGAAAAAGUUAUUCGCUAGGGAUCGCAAAAGACGUCAAACGCUUUUGAAUAGAGGUUAUUCAAACUAGAUUAAUCCGACGGUUUCAACUGAACUGGAAUUUGAAAAUUGGAAUUUUGUUUGUUAAAGCAAUAAACAAUUUCACUUGUCUAAUAAGGUAAGCUUCUCUUCGGUAUAAGAUAAGGUAGCAGAAGAAGGAAUCGCAUUUUGUUACUGUGAAGGAAUGUUUUAACCGUUUGCGUUUUCUACGCGUUGAAGCACGACCGUCGAACCGGUGACGGGAGCGGGAGUUAGGAUUUAAAGUAAACAAAAUGAUACUAAACAUACGCGCAAAAAGUAUUACACGUAAACUAAACCCUUAACGUGAGAUCUGGAUCAACCGUGUUGGUUGACUGGCUGGAUUUUUUUUCUCCUUUCCAGCUGAAGAGUAAACAUUUUAAACAAACAAAGCAGCAGCUAUGCGAACACAGUCGUGCCACAUCAUACAGGGUCGAUUAGGUUGAAUUCAAGUGCUUGAAAGCGAUAGAGCAUCUUAAAAAAAAUGAAAUCGAAUACCGAACUGUUGUAGUUAACAUACAUUAACAUAUGGAUAUAUCAAAGGUAUGGUAACUAUCUCCAGUAAUAUAAAACAAAAUAGCUAAUUACAAUUGAAUUGAACUUUGGUCGUACUGUAUGUAGUCAAAUCAGGUAUACCGCUAGCAACAAUUGAAUGUUUAUACGUGUAAAUAAAAUUAGUAAAACAUAAACAGUCAUACACCCAAACACACACAUCAGCUAUGUUGCUUGGUUACGCAUGAGGAUAACAAAUUGAUAUCAGUAAAUAAUUCCCUGUAAAACCGAAUAGUGAAACAAAUAAAAAUUGUUAUCAAACGAAA